AUGUUUUCUUAUUCCUUGAAUGGUGUCAGUGUGAAACUGUUUUCACCAACUGGGUAUGUAAAGCCACUGGCCAUCAAAGCCGGUGCUGCUGAGAAACUAGUGGUCAUUUGCCGAUAUUUGAAUUACGUCGUAAGAGCCCUUGAUAUUGUCUAUUUGGAAGACUAUUAUUUGAAAGCGAACUUUUUUAGAUCGUUAGUAAUUUUCCCAAUCUCUGAAGAGGUGAAUUUUCUUGUAGGUAACUGA